ACGCAGAGACAGAGGAGUGCAUCCUCUCUGUUGACAGCCCCAGUGAAACGCUCCUGUCGCCUCUCUCUCUCCCCGAAUGCUCUGAAUAUGCGAGCCCUAGCGAUGUCUAACACUUUAGUUCCGUCGAGCCACCGGCUGUUUCCGACGCCGGUCACGGGCAUUUUCGGCAAACGUUCCGGCUCCCUUCGAUGCAUCCGUGCUCCACAAUGCUGUUCUCUCCAGUGUGCAUCUCUAGUGACAGAUGAGACCAAGUUUUUGGAGGCGUCAAGACAAGGGAACUUAAUCCCUCUUCACAAAUGCAUCUUCUCUGAUCACUUAACUCCGGUGCUUGCGUAUAGAUGCUUAAUUAAGGAAGAUGAUCAAGAGGCUCCUAGCUUUCUAUUUGAGUCAGUGGAGCCUGGUUUCCGUGCUUCAAGUGUUGGUCGUUAUAGUGUGGUUGGAGCGCAGCCGACGAUGGAAGUUGUUGCAAAAGAAAAUAAGGUUACAAUUUUGGACCACGAGAAAGGGUGCGUGACUGAGAAAAUAGUUGACGAUCCAAUGGCGAUCCCAAGGAGUAUUUCUGAGAGUUGGAGACCGCAAUUAGUCGAUGAUCUUCCAGAUGCAUUUUGUGGUGGGUGGGUUGGUUAUUUCUCAUAUGACACAGUUCGUUACAUAGAGAAGAAGAAGCUGCCAUUCCCAAGGGCACCAACAGAUGACAGGAAUCUUGUGGAUAUUCAUCUAGGUCUCUAUGAUGACGUGAUUGUGUUUGAUCAUGUAGAGAAGAAAGCAUAUGUGAUUCAUUGGGUUCGGUUGGAUCAAUACUCCUCCAUUGAGAAGGCUUAUGAUGAUGGAGUGAAACGCUUGGAGAAGUUGGCAUCCAGAGUACUAGAUAUUGAUCCCCCAAGGCUGUCUCCUGGUUCUGUGGAUAUAAAUGCUCAAUCUGGUGCUUGUUUCAAGAAGUCAAACAUGACAAGUGAAGAAUACAAGAGCACAGUAGUGCAGGCAAAAGAGCAUAUUUUUGCAGGGGAUAUUUUCCAAAUCGUGUUAAGUCAGCGCUUUGAACGGCGAACAUUUGCUGACCCUUUUGAAGUCUAUAGAGCGUUGAGAGUUGUGAAUCCGAGUCCAUAUAUGACUUACUUGCAAGCUAGAGGGUGUAUUCUUGUUGCUUCAAGCCCAGAAAUUCUCACCCGUGUAAAAAAGAAGAAUAUUGUUAAUCGACCAUUGGCUGGGACGAGUAGAAGGGGAAAGACAUCUGAUGAAGACGAGAUGCUAGAAACGCAGCUUCUGAAUGAUGAAAAGCAAUGUGCAGAACACAUCAUGCUGGUUGAUUUGGGACGGAAUGACGUUGGAAAGGUAUCUGAAGGCGGUUCUGUGAAUGUGGAAAAGCUCAUGACUGUUGAACGGUACUCACAUGUGAUGCAUAUCAGCUCCACGGUUACAGGGGAAUUAAAGGAUAAUUUGACUUGUUGGGAUGCCCUGUCUGCUGCAUUGCCUGUUGGAACAGUUAGUGGAGCACCAAAGGUGAAGGCGAUGGAGUUGAUCGAUGAACUAGAAGUAACAAGACGAGGGCCUUAUGGUGGUGGAUUUGGAGGUAUUUCCUUCACCGGCGACAUGGACAUUGCUUUAGCUCUCAGGACCAUUAUAUUCCCGACUGGGACCCGAUACGACACCAUGUACUCUUACAAGGACUCAGACAAACGUCGAGAAUGGGUCGCCUACCUUCAGACGGGUGCAGGAAUCGUAGCAGACAGCGAUCCGGAUGAUGAGCAAAGAGAGUGUGAGUACAAAGCUGCUGGUCUUGCUCGUGCCAUUGACUUGGCUGAGUCAGCAUUUGUUGACAGAAGAUAGGCGCAUUUUGUUGCCCCGAAAUUUUUAGCUAGGCAACUUCUAUUUUGAGGCUGUCAAGUAGUUAUCUGUGUUGUAUAGUCGGGGGAAUUUCUCCAGUGUAAAAGGGGAGGCUUUAUGAGAUUGGUAAACAAAUUCUUAGUUCUUAUUUUCACAAGAUCACAGCUUAAGUAUAACACAUUUAGGUCUCUUCGGGGAAAACAAAUUGUGAAAUGAGAAACUCUGUAGACUUGCGAUUUUUGGAAGUUUAUUGAUUCUUGAAAUUUACUGGAUA